CUUUAAAGGCCGCUGCCCCCCGCAGCGUCGUCAUUGCGCAGAAACAGUUUGAACCAAAAAGCGGAGUGACCUUCCUCCGCUCUCAGUCUGAGAGGGGCAGCACUGAAGCAGCACGCCGGUCACAGCUCCCACACUCCCCCGCUUUAGCCUCAGAAAUGAACAACAACUUAGUCGGAGAUGAAGUCGGGAAACUAUUUGUGGGUGGAUUGGACUGGAGUACCACACAAGAAACACUGAGAAACUACUUUUCACAGUAUGGGGAAGUUGUAGAUUGUGUCAUCAUGAAGGACAAAACUACAAAUCAAUCGCGAGGAUUCGGCUUCGUUAAGUUUAAAGACCCCAAUUGUGUACGAACAGUGCUGGAGACAAAGCCACAUAAUCUUGAUGGAAGAAAUAUUGACCCGAAGCCAUGCACUCCCAGAGGAAUGCAGCCUGAAAAAUCUCGAACCAAGGAGGGCUGGAAGGGCAGCAAAGCCGAUAGCAAUAAAUCAAAGAAGAUAUUUGUAGGUGGAAUCCCCCAUAACUGCGGCGAGCCUGAACUCAGGGACUAUUUCAAUAGAUUCGGAGUGGUCACAGAGGUGGUAAUGAUCUAUGAUGCGGAGAAGCAGAGGCCCCGAGGUUUUGGAUUUAUUACUUUCGAGGCCGAACAAUCAGUGGACCAGGCUGUCAACAUGCAUUUUCACGACAUCAUGGGCAAAAAAGUGGAAGUAAAGAAGGCUGAACCUCGUGACAGCAAAGCUCCUGGCCAGCUUGGCCCUUGCCAGUGGGCACCCAGGGGCAUCUUGAGUGCAGCUAAUGGUUGGACAGCACAGCCUGCUCAGGGCUGGCAACAGCCGUAUGGGCCACAAGGAGUGUGGGUCUCAACUACUGGUCAGCAAAUAGGUGGAUAUGGUCCUCCACUGUCAGCGGGCACGGGGAACCCACGCAGGCCUCCAUCACCCUUCAAUGCAUUCCUGGUCACGACUCCGGCGGGUGGAUUUGCUGCACCUCAAGGCUACCCUCAGCAGGCCUACAGCACAGCACCUCAGUUUGGUUACAGUUUUGGCACGCCCCAAGCAGACCAGUACGCUCCACAAGUCCCUCCUCCACCGACCACUCCGGGAACAGCAACGCUGGGCUUUGCCCCUGCCACAACGCCAACUCAGGACUUGAGCAAAGCUCCCACUGGGCAGCCCGAUUUCCCUUAUAGCCAGUAUGGCUUGGGUAACUACCCUCAGGACCCCUCUGCCUACGGACCAACGCGUCCUUCUCAGAGUUAUGGUGAGGAUGAACAGGGAGGAAAUAGUGCAGGCUACGGCCAGGAUCUGACAGCCUUCGGCCACACUUUCGCAGAUCCGACCCAGCCGACGGCGUCGUACGGAGCCCCGACAGCACAGCCGGCCGCCGCCGCCCCGCAGCCCGCCGCCAGCGCGUUCGGCAGGGGGCAGAACCACAACGUACAGGGCUUCCACCCGUACCGACGCUGACCGCCAGGCCCGGGCUGGGCCGAUGUGUAAAGUUGAAAUGCAGGAGAAAAAAUAAAUACAUAAAAAAAAAAAAAUAGAAGAAGAAGAAGUCAGGGAAAAUUGUGUUCGCGCUGAAAAACAAAACUGGAGGUAACUUUACUUUAGGAAUGUUGAAUGCACACAGUUUGUGAAACAAACAUUUCUUACAGCAGGGAUCACAGUAAAUUCAGAAGGGUGUGUAAAGAAA